ACCCCAUCUCUCUCUCUCUCUCUACACACCACACUGCCACUGUGGAACCUCUCUCUCUCUCUCUCUCUCUCUCUCUCUCUGCAACUUGUAGAAUAAUUCAGCUCUCUUUCUUCCUUGUUCUUCGACUAGUUCAUUUUCGCUUUGCUUCUUUCUUGGAUUCGGUGCGUCGUACGUUGCACAUUAUACUUCUAGUAACGAGACUCUGCGGUAAUUAUGCAGCCGACUCGCCAAUGCCUCUCCCGUGAUCUCUGUUCCUCGAUCUCCACAAGUAACAUGCAUGUGAACAACGCUUGAUAUGGCGAUUGAAGUGUGAUUCCGUGCAAUUUAAGAUGCAAACUAGUAAUCAAUACGCAAGACCUGCUGGGGACACGAUGUUUAGUUUAGAGGUCAAAAGGAGUUCAAGGCCACAAGAAACCUCAAAAGUCAUGAAGCCGAGGAUCCUGUCACCCCAAGCAAAUCAGAGCCCCAAGUUUCAAGAAAAGCACAAUAUUGCCAUUCCAAUUGGUCAAUGUUACCUUGAUCAGAAUCAUGAAACAAGACGGAGGGCAGGUGACGUUCUUAUAUUACUGCCAAAAUCUUCAAAGAACUCUCAAAACCCUUUGAUUGGGAGUAAGGCAAAUAAAAACGACGAGCUUGUCAAGAACAUGUCAAAUUUGCCAGGCUAUCUGCAGCGAGUGGAGAAAGGGGAAAAUCUCCAGGAGAAGGCUUUGAAUUUUGGAGUUCUAGAUUGGGAGCGUCUAGAAACAUGGAAGCACAAAAAAGUGACCCAACCAAGAGGUGACGCUAGUGCAUCUUCCUCUGGCAGUAGUUCCAUGUUCAAGGUUGGGGGGUCGAUUUCACAGUCUGGUUUCAUUAACAGCAAGUCUCUCGCUCCUCACAAGAAGCAAGUUAGUCCAUCCCUAAGGGAAGGUAUUUCUCAUGAUAUUAAACAAUCCCAUGUACGAGAAGAUUUUAAAGCUUCUUCACAGUACACAUUGGAAGGGCAGCGAAAACCGCCCAGGAGAAAUCAGUCUUCUGGCAGAAAUCAGUUAGAGAGAUGCAAGAGAGAAGGUUCAGAUCGAAAGAUCAGAUCAAAAAAGGGAACAACAUUGUCUGAUUUAAGAAAACAUGAGUACUCGCGCCCUUCUAAGGAUGAGAAACGUGCUCAAUAUAGGGUAGUAAACAAUGGUGUGGAGGAUUUGCAAGCACUGAAAUAUUAUUUUGGUCAAAAGCACUGCCCUGGAGAGCACAGAAGCACUGUUCUCCUUUUACCAAAACACUCUCCCAGAGAAAGUUGCUUCGAGAGUGUUCAAAGUUCUGAACCCGGGAUACUAUCUGAUGCGAAACCGGGUGAAGCAAACCAGGAGGGUUUUUCAGAUUGGUUUUCUUCUGAAGAAGUUCACUCAGGAGAAAUGUAUUCUGGGAUUCCACACUCAUGCCCACUGCCUAUUGGAGUCAAGAGAAGCAUUGGUGAAACACCAGCCAUAUUAUCCAAUGGUCAAUACAUGGAUGAGAAUGCAUCAAGAGUGAAGCCUUCAGGUGCAAAUGGAAGUGAUGGUUCCAAGAGAUUGGAUCAUGAAACUACUGAACCUGCUGCUGUAAAGGGAAGGCAUUCCUCACCAAAUCGUCGGCAUAGCUUUAGCCUUGCUAGAAUCAGCAGAAGUUUGACUUUUAAGGACAGCUCAAACAUUCCACAGUUGAGUUCCACAUUUGCUAACAUCAAGUCUGUUUCUGUGGAUGCUUGCCCAAUUUAUGUUGGAGUAGAGACCAAAGGUGAGUCUGACUUGAGGCGGCACAGAUUAUCUAGCUCUCAGAGCAUGGAGCUUUCUUGUGAUGAUUCUCACAUGGUCACAUGUCCAAUUGAAACACUAAACACACCAUCAUAUUCAAAUGCAAUCAGGGGUUACAAGCAAGUGGAUCAAGAAGCUACUGAAGCUGUGAGAGGAAGGCAUCCGUCACCAGAUCCCCUCUUAGACUUUGGCAUCGGUAGGAUGAGCCGAAGUUUCAGUUUUAAAGAAGCUUCAACAGUUCCACAGUUGAGUUCCACAUAUGUUACAGUCAAGUCCGGUCCAGUGGGAUCCGAAGUGUCUGAUUCCUUGGACAAUGCAAACAAACACAAGACGAAUUUUCAUGGGAGAUCAAGGUCCAGCCCUCUAAGAAGGUUGCUAGAUCCUUUAUUAAAGGGCAGGCCAACAAAUUCAUGCCAUUCUGCUGAUAUCAAUCAUCCAUUGACAGGAAAUGAUACAACAUCAACAAUCCAAGCUUUUCUUCAACUCACAAUCAAGAAUGGACUCCCUUUGUUCAAACUUGUUGCCAAUAACAACAAUGACAUUCUUGUUGCUGUUAAAAACGCAACUGCAUCUGGAAAGGAUGAUUCUAGCUGGAUUUUCACAUUUUACACCGUCUGUGAAAUUAAGAAGAAGAGUGGCAGCUGGAUUUCUCAAGGGCAUAAAGGAAAAAAUCAUGGGUUUGGCUACAAUGUCGUAGGUCAGAUGAAGUUUUCUGGCUCUAAUUAUCUGGAUUUGACAGUACAGAAUCCCAAUGACCAAUUUACAGUGAAAGAGUCUGUACUGUAUAGUGUUGAUGAUAGACAACGAGACCACGAAUCAGUACAGUUAGCAGUAAACAGGGAGGUUGCUGCCGUAAUUGUGAGGAUCCCAAUGGGGAAUUCUGAUACCAAUGGAGAUGAGGGAAAGAAGGGAAAAGAGUUGAUAGGGAAGGGAUUCGGUAACACAACAGUCAUUCUUCCUGGUGGUGUUCAUGGCUUGCCAAACAAUGGGGCUCCUUCACCAUUGAUAGAAAGAUGGAAAUCUGGUGGAUCGUGUGAUUGUGGCGGCUGGGAUGUUGGUUGCAAAUUGCGAAUUCUUACCGAUGAGGACCGGAGCUGCAAUCUGAUGGAACCAUCCAUAUCUUGCUCAAGCCCAGAUCAAUUUGAUCUUUUCAAUCAGGGAGGAGGAGGUAGUGACAAUAGGCCAAUCUUCAGCCUGGAACCAUUCGAGAAGGGGAUUUACUCGGUUCAAUUCAGCCCAUCAAUUUCUUUGCUACAAGCAUUCUCAGUUUGUGUUGCAGUCAUAAGUAAUCAGAAGUCAUUUGAUUUCUCAGAAGCUAACCACCCUUCUGAAGCAGAACUUCUUCAUGAAUCCAAUGCUACUGGAUGUGAUAGAAAGAAGACUCCCACCAAAUAUGUUCCUCCUCCCCCUCUAUCUCCUGUUGGAAGAGCUUAGUACCGUUCAAGGGAUCUGUUUCAGUGGCUGUUCUGAAUACACGAAAGGAAGUAUAAAUAUAAACCUCGAAGAGGUGUCUUGCAUUAUCAACAAAUCAUCGGUUUGUCAUAAUUCGCAUCAAAUUUGUGGGAUGAUAUUGAAUUAGAGUCUACUGUGGAUGAAGAAAUACUUUACCACUUCAGUUUUUGUAAUGGUUCUGUUUUGUAUUAGAAAGCAACGAGGCAGUUAUUUCCUGGGAACAGAAGAAACUUAGUGAACCAUGGCAUCAUGAGUUGCAAACAAGUUUACACUAACACAAUCUGAAUACACUACUGCCAACUCAGAGUCAUUACGCAAAUGUUUGUAUAAAUCAUUCCACUGGCUGAAAGUAGGAGGAUAUAUGAAAAUUUCAGAAGGCAGAUGUCCAACAAAUCUCUCUGCUUCAAAAGUCAACAUGUGAUGCGUGGUGAACACAGAUAAACCAUUGACCGUCGAUCUUCUCAAACACAUUCGUUGCGAUCUGUCUCCCC